AUGGCUUUGGCUGGGUUCGUGCCGAAGUACUUGGUGCACUCGUCAACGGUGUUGGUCGUGGGUUGUAUUGGUUUACUAAUCAAUGCGGUUGGAAUAGGUUUGUUUCACGGUGGCCAUGGACACUCGCAUGGAGGUGCAGUGGGCCAUGGACAUAGCCACGGAGAGAAAUCACCAACGAGAAGUCCUCGUGUGAAUCACGUUGACAAGAACUCAAAUAGGAAUAAUAAUAAAACACCGGACGAUGGUGAUGUUGAUUCUGACUCGGAUGGAGCAAUUGUGGAUCGACCGGGACGCUCUCGGAGUCGAAUCGGUCAAGACUGCUCACAUAACGUUAGUUUGCUUAUCAUCUAUUUCUUCAGUGCUUUCAACUCUGCAAUGCGUGAUCAAGCAGUCAAUGCUAAUUCUAGGGAAACUGUAGUACUUGAAGCUACCACUCUUUUGACCAAUCAAACAUUCAUUUGA